AUGAGUUGCUACCAGUGCACCGUUUGUUCACUACCCUUCCAGAGCCUCGUCGCUAGCAUGUACUGCUCAGAACGAUGCUACAUCGUCGAAGGAAUGGCCUACUACUACCAAUCCUUCUCCAACACGACCUGUCCCCCAACCACCACCGCCACCGCUGCCACUGCCACUGCUACACCCGCUGCAUCUAACUGGUCCUUGAGGGACUGCGUGUCGUCCGCGACGUCCGAGUGUGACGCCAUCGACCUCUACUACUAUCACGAGCACUCGGUGCUCUCUCCACCGGUCCGAAAGAACAAGACCUUGCCGCCGCCUACGCUCUCACCCAUUCUCAUGUCUACUCCUUCUAAGACCACAAGACGCACAGCAUUAACAUCCACGACGAUGACGACAACAAGGUCUCGAAGCUCCUCGGUGAUCUCGGCAAGUUCUUGGUCUGCCGAUAGCAGCAGCAGUGGUAGUAGCAUGAACACUAGCGUCUCCAGUGGAAGUUGCUGUACCAGCAGUGAUGACGGUGAAGAAGACCCCCUGUCCGCAAACUGGCCGAAGAUGGACCGUCUUGCCUCCUCUUCAUUUGACCUCCACCUCUCCUCCAACGGCAGCGCACAAUGGGACCCCAUUUCCAUGGGUUGGACCACCACCUCCGACAGCCUUCCUACAUCUUCCCAGACAAGAUCCGAAUUGCCUCCACCUGCGUCGGCUUGGGAGUUGGAAGGAGACCUGACCCUGUCAUCGUCUCCACGCAAGUACUUGGCGCUUUCGGCGUCGAUCUGGGGUCCUGGCUGGCAUCAAGUCGAGCCUUUACCACCAUCGUUCGUCAAGACGCUGGAGCAGAGCGAACUGGAGCUUCAGGCUCAGGCACAGGCUUUGGCGUUGGAGAAGGCGGCUUUGGCUGCUACGAACCCGAAGGCUAUUGCCAAGAAGGCCAAGCGUGAGGCCAAGGCUGCUGCUGCCGCACUGGCAGCGGCGGCGGCAGCACAAGAUCAAGGAGAGGGUCAAUCGCAAGAUGUCGUGAUGACGGACGCCGGUUCUUGUUCGACCGCCAGUGCUUCGGCGUCGGCGUCUGAUGUUGCAGGACCAACGCCAGCACCAAUCAAUGCCUUGUGUUCGUCUCGUUUACCCCGCAGCCUUCAAUUCGUCGAUUAA